GUCAUCACGAGACGGCGGAUGAUUGUUGGUCAUGGGGAACAGUUUGGCUUCACACUGAACAACUGACGCGUUUUAAAACCUUUAACAUCGUUAUAAAGUGUUUGUGUUUUUAAUGAUGGCUAACAACAUAACGAAGAAGGUGUCGUGGUCUGGAGAAGGGACACCGCUUCUGAACGGGGCUGAGGAGAGAAGAUACAGUGGAGAGCCAUCUGGAGGCAGUAUGUUUCACAUAGGCAGGAUGAGCACUGUGGAUCUGGAGGAGGAAUCGACCCCAGAAGAGCAGGACCCCAUGAGGCUCAGACCGAGUGUGAUUCCACACAAUGAGAAGUUGCUCUCACUCAAAUAUGAGAGCCUGGACUACGACAACCUGGAGAACCAGUUGUUUCUGGAGGAGGAAAGGCGCAUGGGUCACAUGAGUUUCAGAUGUCUGGAGAUAUGCCGCUGGUUCAUUUGCGGGCUCAUCGGCUUCCUGACGGGACUCAUCGCUUGCUUGAUUGACAUCCUGGUGGAGAAACUGGCUGGAGCGAAGUACGGCGUGAUCAAGAAGUACAUUGAUAAAUUCACCGAAGCUGGCGGUCUGUCCAUCUCUAUGAUCCUGUGGGCGGUCUUGAACUUGGCCUUCAUCAUGGUCGGAGCCAUCAUAGUCGCUUUCAUCGAGCCCGUCGCCGCAGGGAGCGGGAUUCCACAGAUCAAGUGUUACCUAAACGGAGUGAAGAUCCCACGAGUCGUCCGGCUGAAGACUCUGGUGAUGAAAGUGUUUGGUGUGAUCCUCUCAGUGGCUGGAGGCCUCGCGGUGGGAAAGGAAGGGCCGAUGAUUCACUCGGGAGCCGUGGUGGCGGCCGGGGUGUCCCAGGGCAGGAGCACGUCUCUCAAGAAAGACCUCAAGAUCUUCGAGUAUUUCCGUAGGGACACAGAGAAAAGGGAUUUCGUCUCCGCCGGAGCUGCAGCUGGAGUUUCUGCUGCUUUUGGAGCUCCUGUUGGUGGAGUUCUGUUCAGUUUAGAGGAAGGGGCUUCUUUCUGGAAUCAGAUGCUGACCUGGAGGAUAUUCUUUGCAUCGAUGAUCUCCACGUUCACCUUGAACUUCUUCAUGAGUAUCUACAACGGGAAACUGGGCGAGCUCUCCAACCCUGGUCUCAUCAACUUUGGCAGGUUUGAAUCAGAAAGUGUGAAGUAUAAUCUGUACGAGAUUCCUCUCUUCAUAAUCAUGGGAGCCGUCGGUGGCGUGCUGGGAGCCGUGUUCAACACCAUCAAUUACUGGCUGACAAUUUUCCGAAUCAGGUACGUGCACCAGCGGUGCCUGCAGGUGAUGGAGGCCAUGCUGGUGGCUGCUGUUUCAGCCACCGUGUCCUUCACCAUGAUUUAUUUCUCCGUCGACUGUCAGCCUCUGAAGAAUGAUUCACAGGAGGAAUAUCCUCUACAGCUGUUUUGUGCUGAUGGAGAAUAUAACGCAAUGGCAACGGCCUUCUUCAACACACCUGAGAGGAGCGUGAGGAGUCUGUUUCAUAGUCCACCAGGCACGUAUAACCUACUGACCCUGGGAUUGUUCACCCUGACGUAUUUCUUCCUGGCGUGCUGGACCUACGGCCUGACCGUGUCAGCGGGGGUCUUCAUCCCGUCUCUGCUCAUCGGGGCAGCUUGGGGACGACUUUUCGGAAUCAUGCUCGGUUUUUUUCCCACCACUAACAAUUUAUGGGCAGAUCCGGGGAAGUACGCGCUCAUGGGGGCCGCAGCCCAGCUCGGAGGCAUCGUCAGAAUGACCCUGAGCCUCACCGUCAUCCUGGUGGAAGCUACCGGAAACGUGACCUACGGCCUGCCCAUCAUGCUGGUGCUGAUGACCGCCAAGAUAGUGGGGGAUUAUUUCAUCGAAGGCCUUUACGACAUCCACAUUAGACUGCAAAGUGUUCCUUUCCUGCACUGGGAAGCCCCUGCGACUUCUCACUGGCUGACUGCCAGAGAAGUCAUGAGCUCUCCGGUCACGUACUUUAACAGAGUAGAGAAGGUGGGCACCAUAGUGGACAUCCUCAGCGCCACGUCCACCAAUCACAACGGUUUCCCGGUAGUGGUGCAGGCUGGCGCCAUCGACGAGCCUAGGAAACUCUGCGGCCUCAUCCUGCGCUCUCAGCUCAUCGUCCUGCUCAAACACAAGGUGUUUGUGGAGAGGGUGCGCUCUGGACUAUGCAAGCGCAGACUGCAGCUGAAGGACUUCCGGGACGCGUAUCCUCGUUUCCCCCCCAUCCAGUCCAUCCAUGUCUCCCAGGAUGAGAGAGAGUGCAUGAUGGACCUGACGGAGUUUAUGAACCCCACCCCCUACACCGUACCCGAGGAAACCUCCCUCCCCCGUGUGUUUAAGCUAUUCCGGGCCCUCGGUCUCAGGCACCUGGUGGUGGUCGACGAUCAGAACAGGGUCACGGGACUAGUGACCAGGAAAGAUCUGGCACGUUAUCACAUGGGCAAGCACGGCCUGGAGGAGCUGGGCCUGACUCAUCCGUGAUCACCUCCUCCUCUCUGGUGGCACCGGUGGAGAAUCAACUCCAUAACGUCAUCAACUGAGUCUCAACAAACUCUCUUCCAGACUUUAAAGUCUCAGACGAGAAAAGCCGAGAAAAUUGCGACGCGGAUCAUCACGCGGUCUUGUCAGCUCGGCGUCCUUCGUCUGCCGUAUCACGGAGGGCUCAGACUAAGGGCUCGGGUUGAAUUGUGUAAUAUUUUCCGCUGUACGUUUACCAGAACAGCUCCCAUGUUUACUGUGCGUUCAGUCCUGUCUUUAUUUAUUGCCUUCUGUUCAGGAGUCGUCGCUAAAAAUCUUGUACGUCCUAAACAGCAGACUUCCAUUGUAUCCAGAAUGUUUAACUGUUUUUAUAGAAAUAUAUUUAGAAAUAACGGUCGUGUGUUCGAUGGAAACGUCGCAACGUUCUUUGUGUUUUAUGUUUUUUCCCUUAAUUUCACCGUGUGCCUUCGAGGUCGACACGUUGACGUUAACUGGAUCUUUGUUAAAGGUUCAGAUUUCAAGUGGAUCUCAAAUGGCCUUAAGAUUUAUUAGAUCUUUCAAAUCUUUUUUUUUUUUUUUAAUGAAGCUGUGGAUUAAAUUGCGAAUCCUUUUCAGGUGUCGUGUCCUAACGUCUUCCCGUUCGUUGCAAAGUGUCACACUUUUUUUUUUUUUCUCCAAUAAGAUACGACGUUAAUUAUUAAUUCCACUCGUUAUUAAGUUAUUUUGCACAUGAGAGUUCCAGGCUAAAUGUGGCCUGUUUUUAAAUGUCAUUUAUUUGGAAUUUUUGCACUAAAAUAAAGAAAUGAACAUGAAUGAAUUCCAAUCUGCAGCUCUGAGGUCUUUAAUGAACGUUUAAUCAGAAAUGUGACAAUUUUUUUUUUCAUCUUCUGUAGACAGAAAUGUGAUUCUUUUUCAUUCUGAUUAACAAACCAAAGGACCAUUAACAGAAUUUUUAUCAUGUUUUUUGCUGAUGGUUUAAACAUAACAGCAAAAUAGUUUUCUUGGUUUAUUGACAAUUUUUUUAAUAUAUUUGUGGACUAAUAAAUAAAUCGUUUCUCA